AUGUGUAGUUCCGCAUCCGCUACCAGAUUUCCGUCGGCAUUUGAUUCCAGUGGAUCCAAUUUGACAGCACAGACUCAACUAAAAACUUGGCUGACUGAAGUUUUGGCUAACGCAGCUGCUCCAGCACAGCUCACCAAGGCCAUGUUACGUGCAUUGGAUACCACACAGCGGAAAUUGACUCGUGCCACAUCCACCACUCGUUAA